UCAUCAUCAAACAUAGAAAAAAAAACAUAGAACCUUAUAAAAGGGCUCGAGUGUUAUGGAGAUCAAGGUUGAUGAAGAAGCUGGGAUCGAUGAUGCUCAUCGCAUAAUAGAAGCAGAGAAAUUUCGUCGCAGGAUAGAAGCAGAGAAACUUCGUCGCAAGAUCCAAGAAGAGAAAGUUCCACUUCUGGAGGAUGAUAAAAUUCUAAUCCAAACUCGGGAGUUUCCUGCAAUAGAAAGAAACACAUGGAUACAAAAGGCAAUAGGUCAAACAUUUCAAACCACAUCUCAUCUAGCUAACCUUUUACCAACAGGGACAGUUCUUGCAUACCAAAUCUUGUCACCAAUUUUCACAAACGCUGGAAGCUGCAGUUUGGCUAGCAGAUUCAUGACCGCAACGCUAGUUUUCAUCUGUGGAUUCUCUUGUUUCAUACUUAGCUUCACAGAUUCUUACAAGGACUUGAAUGGAAACUCUUGCUAUGGAUUUGCUACGUUCAAUGGCUUCUGGAUCAUCGAUGGCUCAGCUACUCUUCCUCCAGAACGUGCCACAACUUAUAAGUUACGGUUUAUAGACUUUGCACACGCUAUAAUGUCGUUUCUGGUGUUUGGAGCUGUGGUUAUGUUUGACCAGAAUGCGGUUAAGUGUUUCAUCCCUGUACCAUCAGCUGAAGAAGCUGAGAUUCUUACAGCUUUGCCCGUAGGAAUAGGUGUGUUUUGUAGUAUGUUGUUUGCUACAUUUCCUACUACACGUCAUGGUAUUGGUUUCUCCCUCUCUGAUAAAUGAUGUUCUGAUUCAAUCAUUUAAAAUGUCAAACUCUUUUGGAACUU